AUGUCGCAAAAUAUCGAUGUCGCCGAUUUGGCGAAAGCUGAAGUUGCCGAUGCCGCUGUCGCCGGCACCAGGAAGGAGUCCAUCAUCGGCGAUGGCAAGAUGGCCGAUUAUGAGCAUUAUGAGAGCGACUCGACUGAUGAGUACCACAUUUCGGACGAGGACCUUGCGACCCUUCGCCGCGUUUCUGGCAAGAUUGUAUGGGUUGCAUUCACAAUUGCCUUUGUAGAGUUGUGCGAACGAUUCUCAUACUAUGGCACGACGAUUAUCUUCACGAACUUCAUCCAGCAACCGCUUCCACAGGGCUCUCGGACCGGUGCCGGUGGUGCUGAUGGCCAGUCUGGUGCUCUCGGUAUGGGCCAGCAAGCUUCGACUGGUCUCACUACCUUCAACCAGUUUUGGGCCUACGUUACCCCUCUGUUCGGCGCUUGGAUCGCUGAUGGCUACUUGGGGCGCUUUAGAACUAUCCUAGUUGCUAUCGCUGUUGGCAUCGUAGGCCACGUUAUACUCACUGUCUCCGCAGCACCAAGCGUGAUAACGAGGCCGAACACGAGCAUCGGCGUCUUUUCCCUAGGCCUCAUCAUCUUCGGACUGGGAACCGGCAUGUUCAAGUCUAACAUCUCCCCAUUGCUCGCUGAGCAGCAGACUGACACAAAGAUGCGCAUUAUGACAACAAAGGACGGUGAGCGUGUGAUUGUUGACCCAGCCGUCACAACUUCUCGCAUCUUCCUGUAUUUCUACAUGAUGAUAAACAUUGGCUCUGUCACCGGUCAAAUUUCCAUGGUCUUUGCCGAGAAGUAUGUGGGAUUUUGGCUUGCCUUCAUGCUGCCAACAAUCCUGUUUCUUGUUGCACCUCUAGUUCUUCUUACGUUCAAGAAGCGGUAUAGGCUUUCACCGCCAACAGGCUCUAUUCUUGCAAAGUUCAUGAGGAUGUGGACUACCGCAAUGAAGGGCGUCUGGUCGCUAAACCCGCUAACUAUGAAGAAGCGCUUCUCUUGGGACAAGGUCCGCCCAUCUCUCAUCCCCCCGACGGAAAGGCCAGCUUGGAUGACGUACGAUGAUGCCUGGGUUGACGAAGUUCGACGAGGUUUGAAAGCCUGUAAAGUCUUUCUCUUUUUGCCCAUCUUCUUCCUCGCCUACAACCAGAUCAACAACAACUUGACUUCACAAGCAGCGACUAUGAAUCUUCAUGGUGCUCCAAACGACCUUAUUACAAACCUGAACCCAAUCUCUAUUGUCAUCCUGAUACCCAUUUUGGAUUUCUUUGUCUACCCCGCCCUACGAAGGAGAGGGUAUCACUUUACGCCUAUUAAGCGCAUGACAACUGGUUUCUUCUUUGGUAGCGCUGCUAUGAUUUCCGCUUGUGUCACCCAACAUUACAUCUACAAGAUGUCUCCAUGCGGUUAUUCAGCUGCGACUUGUCGAGACGAGGAUGACAAUGUGCUCUUUGCGGACAUUAACGUCUGGGUUCAGACCCUGCCCUAUGUUUUGAUCGGCAUCAGCGAGAUCUUCACCAACGUGACCUCGCUUGAAUACGCUUUCUCCAAGGCGCCGAAGAACAUGAAGUCUUUGGUCAUGGCCGUCAACCUUUUCAUGAGUGCCAUCUCUAGCGCCAUCGGUCAAGCUCUCGUCCCGCUCUCUGAGGACCCACUGCUGGUAUGGAACUACGGUGUAGUUGCUGUCUUUGCCUUCUUCGCUGGUAUCGUCUUCUGGCUCUGCUUCAGGCAUCUUGACGCUGAGGAAGACAAAUGGAAUUUGAUUGCGGAAUCUGCUUAUCAAGGUCGCAGACCCAGUGUUGCGACUUUGGAAGCACCGCGCGAGGCUUCUGCUGUCAGUAAUGCGCGUGCAAGUGACGAGAAGUCAACUGCUAAGGCUUAA